AUGCGUACUCAAUCAUUUCUGGCGGCUAUUGCGUCGGUCGCUUAUUCUACGGCUGCGGCCCCUGCUGAAGAUCAUCCAGAGUCCCUUGCUUUUGGCCCUUUCAAUAUCAACGAUGGAGUGGAGACUGAGAACGCACUGCUCAACAAGCGAGAUGACUGCGGCACAUUGGGAGCCCUCUUCAGCAAGAACAGCAUCAACAAUCUCAUGUGGGACCUCCAGAACAACAACCCAGAUGGGAUGACCUACGUCCCCCAUAACAACUUCGUGAGUUGGUCAAACGGCGACGCCCAAGUUUGUGUAAAGAAUACUUAUAUCACGGAAAAUACCCAUGUCAAACGCUGGGAAGUUGGUUGGGCCGUCGGAUACAUCCGCGACAUGUGCUGCACUGCUUCAGGUAACUCGCAAUGUUGUGGUGCAAUCAGUAACUAG